AUGACAACGGACAUUCCGAUUAUUUCAUCCAUAUUGGAUACUGACUUGUAUAAGUUGACAAUGCAUGCUGCAGUUGUGAAGCAUUUCCCAAACGUUCCAGUUGUAUAUAGAUAUACAAACAGAACGCCAUCAAUGGUAUUGAACAAAGAAGCAAUUGAUUGGUUGAAGCAUCAAAUAUCGAAGUUGAGUGAAUUAAGGGUCAGUACAGAGGAAAUUGAAUAUUUACGUACAGCAUUGCCACAAAUGCCGGAGGUAUACUUAAAAUAUUUGGAAACAUUUCAAUUCUUCCCUGACAAACAAAUCAAGUACUUUAAUGACGAAGGCAACUUUGAAGAAUUUGAAAUUGAAAUGAGCGGCAAAUGGGACGAAACUAUCUUAUAUGAGAUUCCAUUGUUAUCAUUGAUAUCAGAAGCUUAUUUUAAAUUUGUUGAUACCGAUUGGAACUACGAUGGUCAAGAGGAACGUGCCCAAGACAAGUGUGCACAGUUAUUCAAGAAUGGGUGCACUUUCAGUGAAUUUGGUACUAGACGUAGGAGAUCAUUCAAGACGCAAGAUAUAGUUGUGAGGACUCUAUCUGAUUUCGCUCGAAAGAAUCCAGAUAAGAAGCACUUUUUAGGAACAUCAAAUGUAUUAUUAGCGAAAAAAUAUGACUUAACACCUAUCGGAACAGUAGCUCACGAAUGGUUUAUGGGUAUUGCAUCGAUUACACAAGACUAUACAAAUGUCAAUAAACUUGCCAUGGACUACUGGUUAGAUACUUUUGGCCCCGAACAUGCCGGUUUGGCUUUAACAGAUACAUUCGGAACUGAUGCGUACUUAAAGGUCUUCACCAAACCCUACACUGAUUACUAUACUGGUGUAAGACAAGAUUCAGGUGAUCCUGAAUUAUUUGCUGAGAAAUUAGCAGAUCACUAUAAGAAGCAAGGGUAUGAAGAUUUCACUAAAAUAAUUUGCUUCAGUGAUUCCUUAAAUAUUGAGAAGUGUUUAAAAUAUAAGCAAAAAGUAAAUGGCUUAGGAUUAAUCCCUUCUUUCGGUAUUGGAACAUUUUUCACAAACGACUUCAUGUCUGUAUCUGAUCCGUCUGUUAAGUCUGUUCCACUUAAUAUUGUCAUUAAAUUGAAAGAGGCUAAUGGUAAUCCUUCAAUCAAAAUCAGUGACAAUCUUGGUAAAAAUAUGGGUGAUCCAGAAGUCGUAUCAAGAGUGAAAAAGGAACUCAAUUAUGAAGAGCAUUCGUGGGCUGAGGGAGAUGAAGAGAAGAGAUGGAAUUAG